AAUAACUCUUUCGUUGUAUUAUUACCCAAUAACAAUCAUACAUCAACUGCACUUUAUUCUACAGAAUUAUCAGAAGAUAUAGAAGAUUCAUUAUCUUCUUCAUUUUGUAUCUUUUUAGAUGAUCUAAUACGUAACUUUAGGAUUGAUAUAUAA